AUGGACUGGCAACUGCAGAAUCACCGAGACUACGUUGAUUCGCGUUUUGGUUGGAUGAAGGAGGGUCAAUUCCGCACAGCAGACUCAAUUCGCUAUACAGUAACUACGGAGCAGGUCAGCAAUAUCUUUUGGGGUGUCCAGAAAGGGUGCGCAAUGCGCAAUGCUCCAGUUCUAGACCGUUGA